GGAGGAAAAACAGAAACUCUAGGAUGAAAUGGUCCCCAAAGGAAAGCAGGAAAGGGUUAAGGGAGAGGCAGUGGGCGGGGCCAUGCAAAUUUCACAGUGAUGGAGUCGGGAACACUGGGAGGUCCGUGGUGGAGGAAAAACAAAAACUCUAGGAUGAAAUGGUCCCCAAAGGAAAGCAGGAAAGGGUUAAGGGAGAGGCAGUGGGCGGGGCCAUGCAAAUUUUUACAGAUGGAGUCGGGAACACUGGGGUGUCCGUGGUGGAGGAAAAAACAAAAUCUAGGAGGAAAUCGUCCCCAGUGGGUGGUGGGCAUUUGUGGAGGACGUUGGACAUGUUUACGUUGCUCGCCAUAACCUAAAAUGAUAUGCAGGGCAGCAAGGAGCGCUUCCACUGGCAGAGCCACAACGUCAAGCAGAGUGGGGUGGACGACAUGGUCCUCCUCUCCAAGAUCCACGAGGACGCCAUCGUGGAGAACCUCAAGAAGCGCUUCAUGGACGACUACAUCUUCACGUACAUCGGCCCGGUCCUCAUCUCCGUCAACCCCUUCAAGCAGAUGCCGUACUUCACCGACCGAGAGGUGGAACUCUACCAAGGAGCGGCUCAGUAUGAAAACCCGCCCCAUGUCUAUGCCUUGACGGACAACAUGUACCGCAACAUGCUCAUCGAUGCGGAGAACCAGUGCGUGAUCAUCAGUGGCGAAAGUGGCGCCGGGAAGACCGUGGCCGCCAAGUACAUCAUGGGCUACAUUUCCAAGGUGUCUGGGGGUGGCGAAAAAGUUCAGCACGUCAAGGACAUCAUCCUCCAGUCCAACCCGCUGCUCGAAGCCUUCGGCAACGCCAAGACCGUCCGGAACAACAACUCCAGCCGAUUUGGGAAAUACUUCGAGAUCCAGUUCAGCCGUGGAGGAGAACCCGACGGAGGGAAGAUCUCCAACUUCCUGCUGGAAAAGUCCAGGGUGGUGAGCCAGAAUGAGUGCGAGAGGAACUUCCACAUCUACUAUCAGCUCAUUGAAGGCGCUACGGCCGACCAGAAACACAACUUGGGCAUCAUGACCCCGGAUUACUAUUAUUACCUCAACCAGUCGGAGACGUACGUCGUGGACGGGACCGACGACCGCAGCGACUUCCAGGAAACCAUGAACGCCAUGGACGUCAUUGGCAUUGCUCGCCAAGAUAAGCAACUCGUGGUGCAGAUCAUCGCCGGCAUCCUUCACUUGGGCAACAUCGGCUUCCAAGAGCAGGGCAACUACGCGCAAGUGGAGAACCCCGACUUACUCGCCUUCCCAGCCUACCUUUUGGGCAUCGACAAGGACCGUCUGAACGACAAGCUGACCAGUCGCAAGAUGGACAGCAAAUGGGGCGGGCGCUCCGAGUCCAUCAACGUCACCCUCAACGUCGAGCAGGCCUCCUACACUCGGGACGCCCUCGCCAAGGGGCUCUACUCCCGCGUCUUUGAUUUCCUAGUGGAGUCGAUCAACCGGGCGAUGCGGAAACCAAACGAAGAGUAUAGCAUCGGCGUCCUGGACAUAUACGGCUUUGAAAUAUUUCAGAGGAACGGCUUUGAGCAAUUCUGCAUCAACUUCGUGAACGAGAAGCUGCAGCAGAUCUUCAUCGAGCUGACCCUCAAAGCCGAACAGGAAGAGUACGUUCAGGAGGGCAUCAAAUGGACCCCGAUCGAGUAUUUCAACAACAAAGUGGUGUGCGACCUCAUUGAGAACAAGCUGAAUCCUCCGGGCAUCAUGAGCAUCUUGGAUGACGUCUGCGCCACCGUCUACGCCAAAGGGGACGGGGCCGACCAGACGUUGUUGCAGAAACUGCAGUCGGCCGUCGGGACUCACGAGCAUUUCAAUGGCUCCAGCGGCGGAUUCGUUGUCCACCACUACGCUGGCAAGGUCUCCUACGACGUGAGCGGCUUUUGCGAACGGAACCGGGACGUCCUGUUCACUGACCUGAUCGAGCUGAUGCAAAGCAGCGAAUUCGCUUUCAUCCGGACUCUUUUCCCCGAGAAACUCGACUCGGACAAAAAGGGACGGCCCACGACGGCCGGGAGCAAAAUCAAAAAACAAGCCAACGACCUGGUGAACACGCUGAUGAAGUGCACCCCGCACUACAUCCGCUGCAUCAAACCCAACGAGACCAAGAGGCCCCGUGACUGGGAGGAGAGCAGGGUGAAGCACCAAGUUGAGUACUUGGGGUUGAAGGAGAACAUCCGAGUCCGCCGGGCCGGCUUUGCCUACCGCAGACUGUUCCAAAAAUUCCUACAAAGGUACGCCAUCCUGACCCCGGAGACCUGGCCGAGGUGGCGAGGAGAUGAGCGUCAGGGCGUCCAGCAUUUGUUGAGGUCCGUCAACAUGGACGCCGACCAGUACCAGAUGGGUCGCACCAAGGUUUUCGUCAAGAAUCCAGAAUCGCUCUUCCUUCUCGAAGAGAUGCGGGAGCGCAAGUUUGACGGAUUCGCCCGGGUCAUCCAGAAAGCGUGGCGGCGCCACAUCGCCAUCCGGAAGUACGAGCAAAUGCGGGAAGAAGCCUCCCACAUCCUGUACAACUUCAAGGAGAGGCGACGGAACAGCAUCAACCGCAACUUCGUGGGCGACUACCUGGGCAUGGAGGACAAACCCGAGCUCCGCCAGUUCUUGGCCAAGAGGGAACGGAUCGAUUUCGCCGACUCGGUCACCAAGUACGACCGGAGGUUUAAGCCGAUCAAGCGCGACUUCAUCUUGACCCCCAAAUACCUCUACAUGAUUGGCCGAGAGAAGGUGAAAAAGGGCCCGGAGAAAGGCCACGUCCGAGAGGUGCUGAAGAAGAAAGUGGAGGUCCAAGCCGUGAGUCGAGUCUCGCUCAGCACCAAACAGGACGACUUCUUCGUCCUCCACGAAGCGGAGGCGGACACGUUCCUGGAGUCCGUUUUCAAGACCGAACUUCUCAGCCUCCUGUGCAAGCGGUACGAAGAGGCCACCCGGCGGAAACUCCUCCUCAACUUCAACGACACGAUACAGUUCCGGGUCAAGAAAGAAGGUUGGGGAGGCGGCGGGACUCGGAUGGUGAACUUCGUGAGCGGUCAAGGCGGCACCGCAGUCCUCAAGGCUGGAGGGAAGACACUGACCGUCUCCAUCGGGAGCGGAUUGCCAAAGAACUCCAAGCCCACCCGGAAAGAAAUCCAUCCCAGCAAAGGUCACCAGAGGCCGAAAGGACCCCCACGAACCGCACCACCAGCCCCAAGAGGGCCACCUCCUUCGGGGAAUUUCCGCAACGGUGCCGCGCAAUUUCCCCGCAACAGCAGCCGUCCGCAAGAAGAGCCCUACAGCACCCCGAGGCGGGCAGGGCAAGGUCCGCCGGCCGCGGCGCUCCCCAAGCAAGGCGUUUCGCGACGAGCCAAGGCCACCACACCUUCCGAACACAACAUGGAGUUCCUCAACGUUCCGGACCAGGGAAUGGCCGGGACCCAAAGGAAGCGCAGCAUUGGCCAGCGGCCUCCUCCGGCGGUGGGGCGGCCUAAGCCUCAACCCAAAGCUGCCGGGCCCCGCUGCCGGGCCCUUUACCAAUAUCUCAGCCAAGACGUGGACGAGCUCAGCUUCAACGUGGGAGAUGUCAUCGACAUCUUGAUGGAAGACGCCUCCGGAUGGUGGAAGGGCCGCCUCCGCGGGCGCGAAGGCCUUUUCCCCGGGAAUUAUGUACAGAAACUUUGAGGAAAUUUUCUCCGAAACGGAACACAAAAAAAGACCCUGUUCGGUCCCCAAGGCGGACAAAGGACGUUGUCGCAUCCUUGUUUAGCAACGUGAACGAAAAACCCAUCGAACGAGGACGUUGUACUGUUUUGGGACGCUCUGGUGCUAACUUUCAAAGAGGGGAGGGUGCUUGGUGUAUUAGAAAGGCAUUGAUGUGCUUUGUAUGUACGUUGCGAUGGUUCACGGGGAGGAAUAAAUUAAAUUAGCUCCGUCAACACACAAGACAUUGCAAUGAUUUUACUGUAAGCUGCUGCUUCUAAGUUCUGUCUUUUGGUGUGAUUGUGCAUUUUAUAGAAAUGCUUUUACGGAACUCAAUUUUAAUGUGUUUAUAAAAUAUUAAAGUAUUUGUGUGUUUCUGACUGUGUUGUGACCCACCCCGAGCCAUGAGAGGUGGUUAAGAAAUAAAAUUAUAUUAUUGUUAUUA